ACUUUCUCCCAGCAGAGUAUAAGAGGCAGCCUGUUUCUCACGCCCGAACCCCGUGGAAUGUUUCACUUUGACUAAGGUCUGCAAAAUGGCAGGGGGGCUUACAAAAAUGGUGCAGUUUGGACUAACAAUGUACAUAAAUUUUUAAAAAGCAAAAGAAUAAAUCCCAAAUAUGGGAAAGUGUUAUCUGUGGAAGAAAGUAAUGGGAUGGUAUCAGAAAAAGACACUAGUAAUUUAAACAGUGUUGACAAUGUCUCAGUUUUAAAAUUACCAUCUGGUUCCCAUGUGUAAGUUGCUUACUUAUCUGUUACACCUAUUUAUGUAUAUAUAAAAAUAGGUUUCUAAACGACAUCCCAUGUGUAUGAAAUAACAGAAUUUUUAUGCCUUAUUAAAAUAAUUUCUCUAAACACUUGAAGAGCCCGAGCCGCCUCUUACCCUAAACGAACCCCACGCCCCUGAAUUGAUCAGUCACUUCCGCCUCCACCUUUCCAGCUCCACCUAAGGAAGCGGAAGUACUUUACUCUUGGGUCCUCCCACCUGUAUGGGGCUCUCCGAGGCUUCUAGUGCCACGAAGGCCUCCUGCCUGGGUUGUCCUUAUGGCGCCUGUGAGCUUAGUUCUAGAAAAGAUAUUUGUAUUUUAACUUUUCCAUCUAACAAACAGUAGCACAGGCAUCUUAGUCUGGACAACAACGUACAAGCUGAAUUCCUGGCCAGUUCCCUCAUUAUCAAACCCUGACGCAGUAGUAGGCGCGAGUCAGGCAGUGUGGGGACAGCCCCGAGUUGCCGAAAGUCCCCGGCCCGCUUUCCUCCUCUGAAGACAUAGCUGCGGGUGGCUGUGGUGGUGGCGUUCAAGAUGUCGACCAAGAAUUUCCGAGUCAGUGACGGGGACUGGAUUUGCCCUGACAAAAAAUGUGGAAAUGUAAACUUUGCUAGAAGAACCAGCUGUAAUCGAUGUGGUCGGGAGAAAACAACUGAGGCCAAGAUGAUGAAAGCUGGGGGCACUGAAAUAGGAAAGACACUUGCAGAAAAGAGCCGAGGCCUAUUUAGUGCUAAUGACUGGCAAUGUAAAACUUGCAGCAAUGUGAAUUGGGCCAGAAGAUCAGAGUGUAAUAUGUGUAAUACUCCAAAGUAUGCUAAAUUAGAAGAAAGAACAGGAUAUGGUGGUGGUUUUAAUGAAAGAGAAAAUGUUGAAUAUAUAGAAAGAGAAGAAUCUGAUGGUGAAUAUGAUGAGUUUGGACGUAAAAAGAAAAAAUACAGAGGGAAAGCAGUUGGUCCUGCAUCUAUAUUAAAGGAAGUUGAAGAUAAAGAAUCAGAGGGAGAAGAAGAGGAUGAGGAUGAAGAUCUUUCUAAAUAUAAGUUAGAUGAGGAUGAGGAUGAAGAUGACGCUGAUCUCUCAAAAUAUAAUCUUGAUGCCAGUGAAGAAGAAGAUAGUAAUAAAAAGAAAUCUAAUAGACGAAGUCGCUCAAAGUCUCGAUCUUCACAUUCACGAUCUUCAUCACGCUCAUCCUCCCCCUCAAGUUCAAGGUCUAGGUCCAGGUCCCGUUCAAGAAGUUCUUCCAGUUCGCAGUCAAGAUCUCGUUCCAGUUCCAGAGAACGUUCGAGAUCUCGUGGGUCGAAAUCAAGAUCCAGCUCCAGGUCCCACAGGGGCUCUUCUUCCCCACGAAAAAGAUCUUAUUCAAGUUCAUCAUCUUCUCCUGAGAGGAACAGAAAGAGAAGUCGUUCUAGAUCUUCUUCAUCUGGUGAUCGCAAAAAAAGACGAACAAGAUCACGGUCACCCGAAAGACGCCACAGGUCAUCUUCUGGAUCAUCCCAUUCUGGUUCCCGUUCAAGUUCAAAAAAGAAAUAAUGUAUUAAAAUUUACAUCUUAAAAAAAUCCAGUACAGUGCAUGAAGCAUAUUUUUAAAGAAGUUGGUGUCUUACUUGGUCAGAAGUGCUAAAUCUGCUAGUAGAGGUGCAUGCCUUUCAUUGCUUUUCAAAACAAUACAGCUGUGUUUAUUUGUGAAGUUAAAAGUAAAUAGCAUUUUAAGCCAUAAUGUCCCAAAAUAGAUGCUCUGUCAUUCAUUAUUUAUAACCAUUUGCUUCAUUUAAAACCAUUUCAGCUAUAACAAAGUACUUUGCUUCCUAAUUUAAACCCAUUUUUGUCAUUUCCAAAUACAUCCUGUCCAUUGGCUAAGACAGGAUUACCUAGGCUUGCCUGAACUUUGGGCAUGGAGGCAAGACUGGAAACUAGUUGGAAACAACAUACUUAUGGAGAAGAAAGUCAGCCUUUUUAUGCUGUUAACAGAUGUCAGAGUGAUUCUCACCAAAAAAAGUUAAACUAUGUUGUAAGCAGCCAACUGUAAAUGUCUAUUUUGAAAUUCCCUAUGCUAAGGGUGCCUUAGAAUCAUUGUGUCUCUUUUAUCCAGCUUUACUUUUUUGCUCCACAUUUAAUGCAAAAGAAUCUUGUGAUGUCUACAAGGAGAGAAGUGGGAUAUAUUUUCCUUUCUGACACAUAAUUUGGGGCAAAAAAGAAAGUCUUAAGAGUUUAUCUCUUCUCUGCUGAUAUGGUUGCUUGAUAAAGACAUCUCAAAAUGUUUACCAAUGUUUUAAGAAGCUUUGUGUGAUAUUCUUCCAAAUCUAGUUACCAAAUAUAAUAUGGUAGAAAAGGCUAAAUCAUACUUAAUGAGCAAAUUGAAGUAAGCUUUUAAAGUAUAUUUCUCUUUUGGUGAAAGGCCAAUGGAGACAUUGUGAAUUUAAGUGAACAUUUGCCUCAAGAUGUUAACUAUAAACACACUGCAUACAAUUUUCUUCUGAAUAACAAAUGAAUGCUUAUCGCUGCAUGAUGUAAGCAAAAGUCAUUAUUUUUCCUAUUCAUUUGAAAUAAGUUAUGGCUUAAAAUGCUUUUGGAGUUUAUUUCUCAAAAUUAAAAUCUGGUCACAUGAGCUUUAGUUUGUUUUCUGGUUUAAAAAAUAAAAAGGUUUCUCUUAACAGUAUUUCCAGUGACAAUGCAAGGUAAGUAUAUCAAAGGAAAUCAACAGUUGUGCUUGGGGGCUUUUUGUUAUGGGAUAUUGAUUUCUUGUUUUUUUUUCCGUAACAUUGUCUGCUGCAAUUUAAAUAAAAAUUAUGACAUUUUAAGAUAUUUCAUAGACAAACCAAACAAAAAUACAUGUUUUUACUUUAAAGUGAAUGUUUUUCUCUUCAGCUGAUCUAAAAAUGAAAGCAAAAUAUCUUAUGUAGAAAUAUUUUGAUAAUAUUUUUACAGUGAGCUUUCCCAUGUUUUUAUGUCUUAAGUUUCUUUGCUGCGUUUAUGUAGGUUGCACAAGAACUUUUACUCACUUGUAAUUGUGCCUCAGACUUUUUGAAAGUCUACCUUCUAAAUUGCCCAGAUGAUCUAGAUUCUACAUGUUACCAUUGGUUUAUUCUUGUGCUUUCUGUAUUUAAAACUUUGGCUGUACUAAGCAAAUGCAAGGUUAUAAUUUAGCUAAUAGUAGUUUACAGACAAUUCUGAUGAUUAUGAUUUCAUUUGGUUUAACUAAGCUGUACUAGUUCAUUUCAUAAGGAAAUGAUACUGUAGACAAAUGUAAAUAAAGCCUGUGAGUCAAGCAUCAAGUGGUGUUUGUUAGAAAUAAACUAGAGAUUUUUAAACUCUGA